AUGCCUGACUUGUUGGCGGCAGGUUUGCCGUUGCCAGUGGAAGCGCAGAGUGCACGGCAGCAAGCUGAUGGUGCAGGUAGUGACAGUGGUUGGAACCAGAAUGAUCCAUUUUCACGGACGGACAAGUGGAUUGGAAAUCCACCUCAGCCAUCCUUUGAGAAGUGGCGUGAUCGUGAAAGUGAAGUGCUCAAUUGGGCGCAGUAUGUGGCGGAUUUGUCAGCAUGGGCGUCCCAAGCAUCUUUGCAGUUUGGGACUGAGAUUCUGCAAGCGUCUAGGAGUGCCACGUUGAUCCAUGCUUUCAUGGAAGGAGUGGACAUUCAGGCCAUGACCUCUGACGGUAGUGCAGGAACCAGUGCGAACGGAUAUGAGCUUCUGCGUCAGCUUACGCCGAGCAUGCAGCUAGUUCAGCUUCCCGUCCGCAAAGGUAUGGAACAGGAACCACGAUUGCCAUUGCCAGGACCUGAGGGUGUGCCCGCUGAGCUAUAUGCUAUUCAGCAUCUCACACAGGAGGCAGUUGCCUUCUCCCAUUUUGUGCAUCGCGUUCUCUUCGGCUUGGGAGAGAUUGAGGAGAAGGAACAGGUGGACAUUGUAUUGGAAUCAGAUUCCAGCUCAGCGUUGCAGUUGAUUGGUGCUGUUGAUCUUCCACGUCGUUCCCGGCACAUUGAUAUCAAGUUGACAUGGUUGAAGGAACGUGUUAGUUCCAAUGAGGUGCAACUUCGACAUCGAGCGGGAACGCAGAAUGUGGCAGAUCUUUUCACCAAGUGUCUCGGAACACGUGAUUUCCUUCGACAUCGAGCGGUGUUGGGAUUCAUGCAAGCGGACAUGCCAUUGAAUGAGCUGUGGUUGUUGGCUGAAGCGUUUCAUGUAAGCAAUCAGGCAUCAGGUUCAAACAACCCAGACUACUUGAUGGUUGAGGUGUGUUGCGCUGAGAAUUCCAACUUGAGGUUGGCCUGUGAGCGAUCGAACAUUAUGUAUGUUGGUAUCACGGCUAACAUGGAAACAAAAGGAAUCAAACAGAGGGUUGCCCACUUGGUAAAGAUGAAAAGGAGCCAAGGGUUUUGGAUUCAUGUGCACGUAUCCACACCAUGUAAGACAGGUUCACCGUUGCAGCACUUUCGAGAAACUGAGAAACUGUCUUCCGAAGAACAGCAGACAUGGGAACAAGUCAUGGAAGCAACCACGCAUUACCUGAGGCUUGGUGACGUGGGCUCAUUUGAACUCCCGUUGUACAACAACAUAUGGGGAGGCCACUUACUCUUCGUGUGA